AUGAUGGUCAGAUCCGCAAUGACUGGCCUACGUUCAGGCGCCGCGGUCCUCCGUCGACCACACGCAGUAUCGCCAAGUACGCAUCUCCGAACGCUCUCGUCCUCAUCACAUACCGGAGAGAAACGCUACUAUCCACCACCAGAGCCCUUCAUCAGCAGCAGCGGCGGGGGCGACACCAUCUCGAUCGAGCCCUCUCCCUUCUCCACAUUUGGCGCAUCGCCGGACCUUCUCACACACUAUCUCUCGCUUCAGCCUGCUCCUCUGACGCUUCGUCAGCUCAUGGCUCAGGGCGGCAAGCCUGGUCAAGCGCUCACACCAGAACAGCUCCUUCUGUCAGCACAACAUACACAUCGAGAACUUCCCAUUCGUCUGGCCCGAAGGGUAGGCGGCUUUCGCGCUUUGCCCUUCAUCGUCGGCAGCAACCCCUUCAUCUCCAGGAUAGCCAGGCUGUACGCAUCCAGCUUCGAAACCCUCGUCAAGUUCGGCCAGAUCCAGACGCAGGAGGACAACCAGCGAUUCACCGCCGUCAUCGAAGACCUCGUCUCCGCCCACGCGCAGAAUAUCCCUACCUUGGCACGAGGCUUCCAAGAAGCGAGAAAGUACAUGGAGGCACGACAGAUCUCGGCCUUCCUCGAUGCCGCCAUCCAUUCACGAAUUGCCAUCCGCAUGAUUGCCGAACAACAUCUCGCCUUGUCAGCCACCUCUCAUGGUCUCGAUCCUAAGCCUGUCACCGACGCCGACCCUUCCUCUUCGCACGACGACCACCCACACCACCUCGACCCCGAUCUUCCCGCCGAAGGCACCUCCAAUCAGGGCCACCACGAGUACGGCAGCCCCACCGCCGUCGGGAUCAUCGAAACGCAGCUCAGUCCCGCACGAAUGACCCGCAUGUGCGCCGCCUUCGUCCGCGAUCUCUGCGAAGGCACGCUCGGCGCAGCCCCCGAACUCAUCCUCGAAGGCGACCUCGACGUCACCUACACCGGCGUGCCCGUCCAUCUCGAAUACGUCAUGACCGAGCUGCUCAAGAACUCGUACCGCGCCACGACGGAAAACUUUUUCAGAAAGGGAGCAGUGGGCACGAUGCCGCCGGUGAUCGUCACCAUUGCUCAGUCUCCGAAUCAUGUCUCGUUGAGGAUUAGGGAUCAGGGAGCGGGGAUCUCGCCCAGUAAUCUGCCCCACGUGUUUAGCUACGCAUUCACCACUGCGGGAAGUAGCGAGAUCGAGGACGCAGAAGAGACGGGGGGCGGACCGUACGCCAUGCAGGCGGUCGGCGGGACGGGAGGAGACGCGCUCGCCGAGAUGGGUAAGAUGGGCCUUGCAUCGGGAUUAGGCACGCUUGCAGGACUGGGUUACGGUUUGCCCAUGGCAAGGAUCUACGCAGAGUACUGGAAGAACGGCUCCGCCUUGGAUCUCGUUUCGCUCUAUGGCCAUGGCUGCGAUACCUUCGUCAAGCUCCCCAGGCACAUCGAGCUGUCCAACACCGUCAUCUAA